CCAUAAAAAAGCAAAGGCAAGUAUUGAGCAGCUGUAGAUCUAUAUUAAGUUGGCCUGAUAAUUGUGUACUCUUGAUCGAUCCUCAACCUCAGCGCAGCCAAGACUUAAGACAUCAGAUUCAAGACCAGCUGCCAUACUGCACGCAAUUAAAGGAUGUCGCAAACAUCUGGUGGAGACAAGUGGUGGCGUUGCACCAAUCCUGUGUGUAGUCAUCCUCCUACCAUUCCACUAUCGGUUGGAAUUGCCUUUAAAGUAUGUCCCUUCUGUACAACAGCUCAGCCAAGCCAAGAAGCCACGUCCCAGAGAAGCAAGCUCAGACAAGAAGUCGCUGAGUCUCUGCAAAGACCCCCCCUCCAUCUUGAGGCUGACCUGGUAGAACGAGCAUCAAACCUUGAACUUUCCACUCCUAAUAUCUCUGAAAUCCAAACCCAGGGAUCACUGGAGAACGCUAGUCAAACCUCGUCCACAUCUCGUAACGUACCGCAAGUACAGUUUUCCCCCGAAGGAAAUGUAACUAAUGCUAAGACGACGGUUGAAUCUCACAGUUCUCAACAAAAACCCUCCAAUGACCCACCAAGUGCUCCUGGAGAAAAACCCACACCAGGCAACAAUGGCCCACCUGGAGAAACCCCCAAACCAGACAGCGGCUCACCUGGAGAAAACCCCAUACCAGGCCCUCCAGAAGAAAACCCCACACCAGGCCCUCCAGAAGAAAACCCCACACCAGGCCCUCCAGAAGAAAACCCCACACCAGGCUCUCCAAAAGAAAACCCCACACCAGGCUCUCCAAAAGAAAACCCCACACCAGGCCCCCCAAGAGAAAACCCCACACCAGGCCCCCCAAGAGAAAACCCCACACCAAGCCCUCCAGGAGAAACCCCUAAACAAGAGAAUACACCAGACAACAAUGAUACAUCUGGUACUCCUGGAAAAGACUACAUCCCAGGAACCACUGAUAACCCAGCACCUCAAUCAAACCAUGAGGCCUCAGGAGCAGAAAACAAGGAUAGCCACCCAACUGGAAACCCAAAGGGUUUACAAGAUGACCUCUCAGAGUCACAAAGUCCUCUGCAUGUACAACGUGAACACUCCACUCCGGAUAGUAAUACGAGGGGUCCUGUUUGCCUUUAUUGCGAAAAGCACCUACUUACACCUACGGCUACGACGUGUGCAGGCUGUGGACACUUGCACAGAGCCAGUAUUAAACUUACACCAAAAGAAAGUAUUACUGCCAGUGAGCAUAAUGUUCAAGAAACUAACCAUCCAAGCAGUGGAAUAGAUACUCAAGACAAGCAGAGCAAAUACCCUACUGUUUUUGGAGCUUAUUCAUCUGCUCAGGUACUCUCUUUGCCUGCUGGAACCCAAUGUUCAAGUAGAAAUCAAGAAGCCUCCUCCGAAACAAGUGAUGAUAUACUGAAACGAAAGCGUAAUUCUUCUUCAGAUGGGACCAACGAACAGUUAAUAAAGCAUAUCAGGACAGAUGAUAUGUCCGAUCCAGGGGCUGCUGUUUCUGAUGGAAAGAAUGAAAGUAGCAAAUCACCUGAAACAAAAGCUCUCAACCCUUCGCAAGAUUCUGAUGCUAAAAUGCAAACUUACAAAAAAGAUGAUUCUCCUGGAAAUCUAGUUUACCCCAAAAAAGGUAAAAAGUCUAAAAAGAAAAAGAAAGGUAAGGAUAAGCAUCCUGGAACUAUGUCUGAAGAACAGUCUGCUACACCUGACGUGGGAAUCGUGUCAAGGAAUCCAGAAGUCACUGUCAACCUAAUUUUCCACGUGAUCAUCCCAAAACAGUUCUGGGAAUGGGAUGAUCAAUCGUUUGUGUCUCUACGCUUUGGAAACGAUGAGUUGGGGUCUUGGGAGAAAAAUUGUGGUGAUUUUCACAUAUCACAUGUCACUGAGAGCUUCCUUGAAGUGACUGGUCAAUUGGAACUUAGUGUUCAGCUGUUAGAAAUUAAAAUUCCAUACAAGUAUGUUGUGUUCACCGAUAAGUCUCGGACAAAAGAAGACGGGUGGUAUGAGUUCAUUCGUUUGGCUGAAAACAAACAUGGAGGAGAUCCGAAUAGAGUACUCAACCUCACCGAGAGAGCAAGAAUUGAUGAAAGUGUGUACCAUCAGUAUGAUAGCAUGGUGUUCCCAAGGGAUGCACUGAUAACAAGGGGUCUUAGUGAAAGAGUUAUAUCCGGUGUGAAAAAUUUGUUCCCUUGGUGGAAGAAGGAUGAAGCAAUUUCAAAGGAUAACCUUGAAGUUCCUGAAUAUCACAUAAUAUUGCAAAAUUGUCUCAUGUUCUACAUCGAUGCUAGUUAUAAAGGAAUCAUUUCUACUGGCCAAUUUUCAGACUCUAUUCCUAUUACAAUGGUUGUUCAAGGAAUUUAUCACAUCUUCACUUGUUUGCUUGAAAGUCAGUUUACACACGAUGAUGGUCCUCGGAUUUUUUCCUUUAAACCAUGGCUUAAAAAUCAACCGUUACAAGAGGCCAUCGUUCGUGUAUUAAAUUCUGCCAUACUUCCAAAUGGAGAAACCAAGCAGUUGAUGUGUGCUAUCUUCAUCUUGUCGUGCAUAUCAGAAUUGGAUAUUCCAUUCUACACUCAAGGUUUUCAAAGUCUCUCUUCUAAAUUACUAAGGUUGAUGUGUGCAUAUGGAGAAGAGGAUGGCUUUACUGAGAAGUGGUCAGAGUUAAAGCAAGUUUUCAAAAACGGGAGUAACAGGAGACGGAUUGGUGGGAUUGCUGGUCGUAUGUUGAAGUACAUUUCUGAGCAACAAGCAACAAAUUUAGAAUGGAUGUACGGCUUACCUCUUCAUAACUUUUUGAUGGAAAAUUCAGAACCAUUUGACAGUAUUAAUUCAAUGAGUGUGGAUGUUCUUAUGAAUAACUGGAAGAAAUUGGCUCAUAUUCUAUUAAGUAUCAGAGGAAAAUUUGCUGGAAAUCGUCAGCUCGCGUUUAUGCAGUACUUUCCAAGUAUGUUCUUCCUCAUGAAGAUGGACCCUCUCACUUUUCAAGCAUUUGUAUUCAUUUGCCCUGAUCAUGAGCUUGGCAGUCUUUUUGCUUUGAUUUCGCCGCAUGUUGCUACUACGUGGGUCUUAUACCUUCUUCAUGAGUUCCGUUAUAGACCAUCAACCAAAGAUGAUGCAACAAAGUUGGCUAGCUGGCUGAGUGUAAUCCAAAAGAAUAUCUCUUCAAAUCUCGAAAGUGAUCUAUUGCAUCUCAUGGAGUCGACAGUUCUCCUUUUCAAGAGAUGUACUGCCAGUAUGAAGAGCUCUGAUGAUCACUGUUUACAACUUCUUAGAUCUGUGAUUUCAAAUUCUCUAGAGUCUUUUUCCUGCUACAGCUAUGUCCACACUGCUAAUAAUAUGUCUAUUAUUCAAACAAAAAUUGAAGCAAUUCAGCAACUGCUCCAAAGUUGGCUCUCUUCCCAUGAAGUAGUUGGAGGAAACAUGUUUGGCUACGGCCCACAAUAUCGAAAAAAAUUCCUGUUGAAGAGCCGUGUUGAAGUAAAGAUUUGGAAGUGCUUUCUUUCCGCAAAGUGUUCUAGCAAUGAAGUGGAAACUAAAUGGCAACAAGCAAUGGAAGUUGUUUUGAAGGGGCGAUUGAGUAAGGUACCUGAUGGAUGUGCUGUCACGCUACUCUAUGAUGUGGAGAGCAAUAGCCAAGAACAUGAAAUACUAACAAAUGCCGUCAUGGAUGUAGCUGUUAAAGGUGCUGAACGUGUUUUUUUCGAGCAACCGGACAGAGCUCUGAAAAGUUUUACAGAUAUGACAAGUACAGACUCACAGCUUCUGGGAGUUGUUCUUGGAAAGGUCUUGAAGAAGCAGUACCCUCAAUUGAACCCUGACAACAGUUACUGGAUCACGCUUGAUGUUCUGCUUAACUGGGUGCUAUGGCCAAACUAUCUUAAAAUAGUUCAGCAAGGAAAUAAAUCUCUACUGAAAGACGGGCUCCCUGAAGAGUGCCAAGUUGUAUGUGUGUGUGCUUCUUCCAAGUUUGAGGAGAUCUGCAACAGACUAGAGAAAGCAAAUGUUAGUCUCAAGGAGCUCCGUAAAAUGAAAGACAAGGAGAAGCAAGUUCAGCGGUUGUGUGAAGCUGUAACUGGAUCAAAAAAGAGUCAAUUGUCUUAUAAGAGAGUUUCUUGCAGUCUUCAUCAAAGGUUUAAAGAAUUUGACCACUUCUCCAGUCGUCGACAGGCUUACCUUGAAGUCUGCAUGUGGAUUCUAGACCCAAGCAACCCUAAGCAAAGAACUGCUGGAAUUCUGGAGCUGAAAGUAGAGAUGGAAAAAAAUGUUGAUCAUAUGAAGAUCAGUGAUCUCUGCCAACUAGAAAAUGACAAGUUACAACUUUGUUGCUUGAAAUCUGCUCAGCCUCUCGACGUAUUUGUGGACAAUUUUGCCGUAAUGAUACGCAAAAGUCCAAAUAUAUUUAUCUGCAAAUUGACCAAGAAAUUAAAAGAGGCUUUAGCACCAUUAGACACUGAAAUUACUGUUAACGAUAUUUUUUCUAAGAUUUGGCAGCCAGCAUUCACCUUUUGUCAGAAUCUUCUGACUGAUCUUGCUAAUCGGAGCAUGAAGCUGGAUUUUGUUGACAAGCAUCUCACUAACUUUUCCGAAACUCUUUUAAGUGAUGUAAGGAACUUAGCUGAAGCAAUAAGAAGUUGCGGAUCCCAAUCUACCACCCCACCAGUUCAUCAACUCGAACUUGCUGUGAAAAAAGUUUGCGACUACUGGCGAUUGUGCAGAUAUGAAGAGGGUGCUCGAGUGUUUCUACAGCUUAGAGAUGUUCUCAAUCUGAAGGGAGAUUUCAGCGUCAUUGAAAGCCGUUUUUCUGUUCAGCUCAAAGAGUCAAUGAAAGACCAAACAAUUGAUGCCAUCGAUAAUACGUUGGUUGAAACUGGUGACUUUUUGAAAGAGAUUGUUGAUCAUCCUUUAAAGCACAAGUGUCUCUAUGUUUUUGGCGGAUGCCAAGGGUUGAUAAAAUGGCUUCGAGAGUUCACCACAAGUGUUAACGACAUCCAGGGUUUCGUAACUGUUGCCCUAGCCACUGCUGCUGGAGGAGAGGAUGACUUGGCCAGUGACAAGCUAUCUCACUUACGAACUGUUGGCAGCGGGUAUGCAUCACUUAUCUACGAGGUGAAGGAGUUAGAUGGCUACAAAAAGCUUAAGGACAGGUGCAAAUCUCUAUGGGAUGCCUUGGAAAAGAACGGCAAUCUGCCGGAAUUGCUGGUGAGCUGCAACGAUGACAUUGAGUGGUACAAAUCUGUGAAGGAGACCCAAGGCUCUGUGGAAACCACCUCCUAUGGCCAGAUGAGUAACAUCCUAAAGUAUGGCAUGUACCGAGUUGGCUUUAAGAAGAACGCUCAGACUGUUCAUGACCUCAUCUCUGUUACUCUGAGCCGGCGUUGCCAGAAGGUAGUGAAGUGGAAGUAUUCUUUAGACGAGCUUCGAGACCUUGAGAGCAAGCUGGUGCUAAUUUGUGGGAAUAAGGCGGAAAACAGGGCCGAGGUGGAUCACUACCUUAAUCUUUUGCACAGUGCCACUAGGAUAGCUGAGCUCUACCUUGACCUGCAAAAAGCUGGAGAAGUUACCUACACUGAUGUUAGUCUUACUUUCCGAUGUGCCGUCUUCACUGCAAACCAACUCGGAGACGAUGACAUCCAAUUCAAUGAGACCAAGGCAAAGGUUAAAGUGAUUACCCUACAGGAUUACAUUAGGGCCUUGGAUAGACAGUUGAUUGCUUGGAAACAGAAUGUGAACAAUGCUCGUGGGAAGUACUAUGAACUAAAUUAUUUCACCACGAUUCAACUUCUCCAGCUGAGGAAGGAACUGGGCAUGCUCACUCGGCCCAAUGCAACCCACAUUGUGAAACCCAACGUGCUAAUGCUGCUGAAGAGUAUCUCCCCACAAGUGGACAGUAGGGUGGUAGUUGACUCAAUGCAGGCAUCCACACAAUCUGAGCUGAUGGACUAUGAGGGUGAAGUGGAAGCCAUCACCACUGCUACAGCCAUAGCUACAACCACCGAUGUUGAAGUUAUGGAAUCCUCUCCUCUUUUUGGAAAACAAGAUCCUCAGCAGUCUAUCUCAUCACCCUCAGCAGCACUCGGACUGUCUUCACUUAUGUACGAGGAUCUAACUGAGCAUCAACAGGAAGCAUAUGCACAUUGUGUUGACUUUUUCGGCUAUUCUAAAAGGCACGUACUGAGAGCGUUUAUGGAGUGUGGAAAGGAGACAACUAAAUAUGACAUAGAACAAUGGUGUGUCAAUAAUGAGGACAUCACACCAGAGGAGGAGUGUAGUGUGGGCCCACUUGAGAGGGAGGAAGAGAUGACCGACGUCUAUGACCCUCUUGACGACUCAGAUUCUGAUGAGGGCAUGGACACAACUAAAGUCCUGUCAGAAUCACAAGCCAGUACUGAUACUUCUGCUGCUGUACUAGAAGGGCCACUUUCUAACUUUAGUCUCCAAAUUAAGACUGUGGUGACACAAACGGUAGAUGAGAGUCACCCAGGAGUGCAGGAGCUAGUAAAAGCAGGUUACGAACCCCAGGAUUGUGUGGAGGCUAUAGAACAAUCCCUGGGAGAUAUGCAGGAAGCCAUGAAGCUACUGGAUGCUAGAGAGAUGGGGGAAGGGGCCCAAUCUGGAAUUUUUGUGCGCUCCAAAAGCAAGGAGGAAGAGCCAAAUUGGAUGGAAGACCAGGGUGAUGCUGAGGCUGAUGAAGAUAAUUUCAUAGAGCAUCGAGGUUCUGAUGCCGGUAGCAGCUUCUUGCAGCUUGAUGACCUAGGCCGCGUGCUAAAAAGUAUCAGCACUCUUGUACCAGGUGCUGUGGAUCAACAGAGGAGCUUUAACCCAAGUUACCUCAAUGCUGGACACCCCAAUCUUUUGGUUACUCCACCAGACGAUGUGCUGAGUAGUGUGUUGGCUCUGUACACGGAAGACCACACCCUCCCACUCCCCACACAAGAGGAGGUCCUUCUUUGUACUUGUAGAACCACCACUGAAGAGGUCAGUCUGCUGUGGCGACGAGCCAUUGAUGACCCUGGAUACAAAAGAAUAUUUUGUCUGGCUCAUGCUGAGAGACUGUCCUACCAGGUCUGUGAUGCUGCUCUCAGAUCACUGGAGGAGCUGUCUCAGGGAAAGACGCGUUAUCAUUUGGUCGUGAUAUGUGGCAAAGAGAAAGAGGAUACAUCGCACAUCAUCUCACGACUGCACUUUAACCGACGAGAAGUGGUCCCCACGCUGGUGGUAGAUAAUUGUAGGGAAUAUCUCAAGGCACACUUUGUGCACGACAUGGACAUGGAGUUGGAUUGUCAGGUGACACCCACAUCAGACCAACGGGCCUCCAUGGUGGAUCCUGAAAACUCCUGUGUUCGUGUGGUAUCCUCCACCCGCUCUGGUAUGGGAAAGUCCCUGUACGUUAAGAAGAUAUCUGCGUCUUUGAGACAGGCCAUGUCGAACGAUGACGUUCAUGUCACUAUUCCUAUCCACGGGCCAGUGGUCACAGCUGACACACUCAUGGACUACUUCAAAAACUACGCAGGGAGAGAUAAUAGUACUAUCUAUCACCUGGACAUUGCACCACGGGUAUUGGCUGAGGUAGACUGUAUUCUGUUCUCGCUGCUCAUUCUGAAUGGGCUGAAUGACAGCCGAGGGCUAGUGUGGAGGAGUCAUGCCAGUCACCUCUACAUAGUAGAGGUUACCCUACCCGAGAAAACUACUCAUCAAGAGAGCUUUCAAACUCUUAACCUGCUGAAUCUACUACCUACUGUUCAUUGUACAAGCCCUAGAGAUGUGGCUCUAGUGAGACAGCAGCAACUAGGUGCUGAUGUGCUUGGUAUGGAUGAUAAUGAGUUCAAAGGGGCCACUAUUCAGAGAGUGUAUCAGUAUCUCAGGAGGCAUGCAGGUGGUCAUAACCUGGACACGUUCUCUUACCAGGGCGGUUCAGUUGAGGGCAAGGUACAAGACUGCCUCAAGAUUAUUCUCAGCAAGUGUGGUAUCAGAGACCCCAGCUGGGCAGAAAUCCACUAUUUUGCAAAGUUUCUGGACAUUCAACUCAACUCCUGUGAGAGCUCGGUGUUCUGUGAUGAGACUCUUGUAGGUGAUGUCAUGUCUGGUCUCAAGGGAUUUGUGGUCAAGUUCAUGAUCAGGAUGUCUCAGGAUUUCUCAACACCCUCUCUGGAGGGAGUGCUGGCCAGGGAGAAUCUAGAGGAAGGUGUGCCAGCUGUUGCUGCGGCUGAUGAUGAUGACCAGCUGGAGCAGUACCAGAUUGUUGAAAGAAGGCAGUGGGAGCAAAACUCCCACCCGUAUAUAUUUUUCAAUGAAGACAAUGUGAGCAUCACAUUCGUUGGGUUCAUGGUGACACAGAACGGAGACCUUGUGGACCCAGCUCAUAGAACAGUGCUUGAGUCAGCAAUCAUGAGGCCACAGCUCUACACUGGACUCAAACAGAACAGGGUCAACUUCGAUGAGGACUAUCGCGGGUGGAGUAAAGCCCAGAUGAUCACCAAGAUAGCAACUGUCAUGGGGUUUGACUUCCUUUACGAUCCCGAUGACACCUACGUCUUCACUACAGAUAAUCUUAUAAAGAUGCUGGCCAUCCAGAUGAGAUUCAGAUGUGACAUCCCAGUGGUGAUUAUGGGUGAAACAGGCUGUGGUAAGACCAGGUUGAUCCGCUACAUGUGUGACCUGGCACGGGGUGGCAGGGACCUCAAGAACAUGCUCAUACUAAAGAUCCAUGGUGGGAUAACGGACCUAGAUGUCACCAAAUUUGUUCAGUACGCUGAAGAAACGGCUCGGACCAACAAGGCAGUUGACCCCAGAUUAAGCACUGUGGUGUUCUUUGACGAGGCCAACACCACUGACAGUAUUGGACUCAUCAAGGAGAUCAUGUGUGAUCGGAGAAUCAAUGGCCAACCGUUGUCCAACAACCUCAAAUUCAUAGCCGCUUGCAACCCAUACAGAAAGCAUUCGGAGGAGAUGAUUAGAAAGCUGGAAGCAGCUGGUUUGGGCUUCUAUGUGAGAGAGACUCAGCAGAAGCUAGGUAAAAUUCCCCUGCGUCAGUUGGUGUACCGUGUACUGGAACUGCCUCCUAGUAUGUGCCCUCUAAUCUAUGACUUUGGGCAGCUCAACACUGCUACUGAAUAUGACUACACCAGCCAGAUCGUUAAGGACCAUGUGCUCGGGCACCCCUUGCUGCGUAAUGAGAGUCCUGCCAUCAUUCCAGCCAUAUCAAAAGUGCUGACUAAAUCUCAAAAAUUCAUGAGAGACCAGAAGAAUGAGUGCAGCUUUGUAAGUCUGAGGGAUGUUGAGAGAGCCAUGAUUGUCUUCGAGUACUUCUAUGAGAAGAUGGAUCGUGUGUUUGCUCCACUCAUAAACAAGAGAGCAGAAGAGGCCUACAAUGAGUAUGUAGAUAGUGAUAAUGAGGAUGAUGAGGCAGCAGUUCUUCCCCCACGUCCACAUCCACUGAACAAUGUUACUAUUGCACUGAUCCUCUCUCUAAGUGUGUGUUAUCGUGCUAGACUACAGGACAGAGAACCUUAUGAAGAGCAUAUCGCAGCAUGUUUUAAUAAUCCACUACUUCUACACGGAGGAGAUGAGCGAUUCAGAGAUGAGAUAAGAUGGUGUGAGGAGGGUUUGCUGGACAACAUGGUGCUUGGCCCUAACAUUGCUAAGAAUGCAGCCCUGCGGGAGAACGUGUUCAUGAUGGCUAUCUGUAUUGAGCUCAGGAUCCCUCUCUUCUUGGUGGGCAAGCCAGGCAGUUCCAAGUCUCUGGCUAAGUCUAUUAUUCAAGAUUCCAUGCAUGGACCAGGAUCACGGUCACCAGUACUGAGGGACUUCAAACAGGUGCACAUGUUCUCAUACCAGUGCAGUCAGCUCUCCACUCCUGAGAGUGUUAUAGAAGUGUUUAAAGCAGCUGAGAAGUUUCAAGCCAAACAAGAUAUCAAGCAGUAUGUGUCGGUGGUUGUGCUGGACGAAGUGGGACUGGCUGAGGACUCCCCUUCCCUGCCCCUCAAGGCAUUGCACCCUCUGCUAGAAGACGGGACAGAUGGGUCGGGUAAAGAUCAUCAGCAGCAGACUGUAGAGCGCGAGAAAAGAGUGGCCUUCAUUGGCAUAUCUAACUGGGCUCUGGACCCUGCCAAGAUGAACCGUGGUGUCAUGGUAACGAGGGGAGACCCUGAGAAGAAUGACCUGGAACUAAGUGCUGAGGGUAUCUGCUCUAAUGCAGACGGUAAACUGAUCAAGGAGCAACUUCAUAGAUACUUUGCGCCUUUGUCUGAGGCUUAUAUGAACGUUUGUAACAUUUGUAAGAAACAAAAGAGGCAGUUCUUUGGGCUCCGAGACUUUUAUAGCCUUAUUAAGAUGCUCUACUGGAUGUGUGAGAAGUCUGGGGGUCACCCCCUCUCAUGGCUCCAGCUGAAUCAUGCCAUACGCAGAAACUUUGGUGGAUUAGAAUCAAAGGAAAUAAAUCCUUUAGAAGAGUUUAGUAAGGCCAUCACUGACUACUUUGAUGACAACCAAGACUUCAGUGGACUGGAUGACAAGAUGUUGUCGAUAUUGAAGCCUGACUGUAGUCCACUGGGUCUGAUCAAGACUAGCCUUUACACCAAGGACACCACCACGCAUGGUGAGAAUCGCUACCUGCUGUUCCUGACUGAAAACUACGCUGCUCUGGACAUUCUGAAACAUUAUGUGAGAGGAGAAGGGGCGAAUGAUUCAGACCUCACGUCACAACCGUACAUCCUCUUCGGUAGCAGCUUCCCUAAGGAUAAAGGGUACACACAGGUUUGCCGUAACAUCAAUCAGAUUAAGAUUUGCAUGGAGACUGGACGGACAGUCAUUCUGCUCAAUCUAGAGAACCUCUAUGAAAGUCUCUACGAUGUUCUCAAUCAGUACUACAUGUACUCUGGUGGGGUGCGCUAUGUGGACUUGGGAUUACAGACACACAGGGUCAAGUGCAGGGUUCAUCCUAACUUCAAACUUAUCCUGAUAGCUGAGAAGGACACUGUGUACGAAAAAUUCCCUACCCCCCUUAUCAACCGCCUUGAGAAGCACUUUGUUCUCACCUCUUCUGUGCUUGAAGAUUGGCAGAGUGAUAUUUUGGAAGACUUCAAUACCUGGAUUCAAGAUUUCUCAAACACAAGAGGGAAUCACUUUAGUGAAGCCCAUGCAUUCAUAGGCUACCAGAAGGACACACCUGCAGCAGUGGUGUUCCAGGCUACUAAUCUCUUGAAAAGACUACAACAGAAUCCGUCACUUCGUAGCAAGGUUGAACAACUGCAGAGGGCUGGUAUCAUUAGUGAAAACUUUGCUGGCUUGUCUGAGGACUCACCACAGUGGCCUGACUCAGUUCUCAAACUGAGCCAGUUCCUUCUGCUCCAAACAGCUGCUGACGAUGCAAUUAUCCGUCUUCGUAAAUCCGAUCUUUUACAAGCAGAGAUUAAGUGUCUUACAAGCUGGUAUUUCAAGCACCAAUACCACACCUCCAUAGGAGAGUUUCUACAGUAUGAGUGCAGUCACAAUCGCGAAGUGUUCUUACAGGUCACUACUCACUGUCGACUGAUGACUCGUGAGGAGUUAACCAAGGUCACUGACGCUGUUGGCAUGAACUUUGCACAUUUUGAUCUACAUGAGUUUGAUUCUGAACUGGAUUUCUCAAACAAAAUAGGCCCCAAGUUUAUUCGUGAUGACGUAGAUGAUGCUAAACCAUUCCUGGUGAUUGUACAGUGUGACUCUGGCCAUUUGAAUUCUGACCUUAUUGCGUGUGCCAGAUAUAGGGUCUGCGAUGAAGCCAUACGAGCAAAGGCUAAAAACAAAAUUCAUGGUGGUGACAAUAUUGAUGUCACUCAUAUAUUGUUUGUCAUUCACUUGCCACAACAAGAAGUCAAGUCACAGUUUGUGGGCUUUCAAGGGGACCCCUGGAUCUCGGUGCACAUUGAUGACUUGCGAGCUACUUCUGAGAUUACAGUGAUACCUGAACAAGCGCUGAAUGCAUCUAUUAGUCAACUUUUCAUCGGGCAAUUGAGAGAGAAAAACCAGGAGCGACCUGAUUUAGAAGAAAGUGAUGAGCAAGAACUAAAAAAAGGGAGUGACUCUUACUUUAGGAUUGAGACUGGGGAAGAGGAUAGUGAGGGCGAAAUGUUUCAUUCUGCCGAGCAUAGGCAUCGCAUGAGUGACAAUGAUAUAUACAGUGAUCAAGACAUGUCUGAUGAAGCAAGUAUGCCAGAUACUCCCCAGCUGCCUAGCAUAUCUAGUUUAGAAGAGGUCAACAGAAUGGAUACUGAAAGUAACGAACCUCAUGUAGAGCUGGCAUAUAGAGACAGUGCUCUCAAUGAUGAGGCAAGCAACAUGAUGGACAUUGAGGAUGCACAAUUGUUUGAUCCUCUACUAAUCGACCUAGCAGUGCCUCCAGUGGAGGCUGACAAGCUGCCUAGUGAUACUAUGCAAAUCAGUUUACCUCCAAGUGAGGAGAUUGAAAGCAUUGUGCCUACAAGUCCCAUCAAAUAUUCUGAUAACGACAAUUCCGAACCCACACCUCGUCCAACGAAAGCUUAUCCAAUUGCUGAAAUUCCUACUCUAAACUCAAAAGAAGUUCCAUGUCAGGAGGACAAGUUAUGGGCUGAGCCCAGUGGAUCAUUCCACCCUCAGCACCACCGGCUGUUGGGCUGUGUGCAAGCUGCUGUAUCACUGCUCAAAGACACUCUGAAGGACAGAGCAAAGCACAGAAUACUGAAACUCAUGUCACUUAUUCCAAAAACACAUCCAGGUGAGGCUCCGUUUUACGACCUUUUGGUCAAGCUUAUUCACUCGGCUCUGCUGCAGAGAGAAAGUGACCGAGUUGACGAGAGAGAAUGGGUACUCAAUGAGGCCAUGAGUGGCAGAAAGCUACAGAAUGGAGGGACAUUCAGAAAUGUUCUGGCUCGCCGUAUUGAUGAAGUCAUCACUCCCUAUUUUGCUGAGAUCAUUGCUCAUGUUGAUCGGAACUGUAACCUUGAUCUACUCGAUUCCAAAGACCUGAAUUCACCUGUGUCAAGGUUAUGGCUUACCAUAUUCAAGUUCACAGGAGGAAGGAUUGACUUCUCCUCACUAGCAGAGGGCAAAACAACCAUAAAGAAUGACUUCCAGUGCCAAUUUCCUUUCUCGUGGUUUGUAAGGGACAUGGUGAACGCCCAGAGAGCUAACAUGCUAGAUACUGAACAACACCUCCAUAACUCACUGUGUGAGGCUCUGAGUCUAACUGAUAUGGGGACAAUCUUGGGCAGUGUUGAUGAGGAUCACGUUGACAAAUUCUACAAACUCUAUCUUUAUGAUUUUGUGCGUUACAUUCACAAAAGCAGUCACAAGAGCGAGCUAGGCAAUAUGGAGUACAAGCUGGUCAUGAAUGCGUUGGACAAUGUGACCCACCAUAAUGACUUUUGCUUCGUGGAUGGCCACAAAUCACUGUCUCGGAAAAUAGUGGCUCUCCAUCUUGUUCAUGGCCAGUGUUCUUCCAAGGUGCUCCAGUUUGGUCAGAUUGUAUUGCACAGACCAAGUAUUCUACGCUCCCUAUCGAACAAGGACUCAUUCAGAGUGGCAGGACAAGAUUUCGCUCUUCAUCUGUAUGCGGUGCAAAGAGUGCUAGAAUCGGAUCAGGAAUAUAAUGACCCCACUAGCCAGGACUUGGCCGGCCUUAACCCUCCUUUGCACAAAACUAACCAGGAUGAUCUCACUCGGGACCUUCAGCGAUGGUUAAACCACGUCCGUUUGUCUCAAAAUGUCAUUGACACCAUCUUGAGAUCAAGCUUUGGGGAUGAUACUACCAUCAUGUCAAGGCUGACAUGGCAAAGGAUUAGAGCUCUGCAGAUUUUCGCUGAGAAGGUUUAUCUCCAUCACUGUAAAGUUGAAGGGAUGCCUUUUAUCAUUAGAAGACUUGCGCUAAUUUUGAAGUUUCGUUCAGACUUUCUAAAAGAAGUCACCGUCAAGGAAGUCAAACAACUGUUGAAUGCUGUGUUCAAUUUUCCAAAACUCAAAGCAGAUAAUAUCACGAAGAAGAAAAUUAGGAAAAAUUGUAAUCGUUUCUUCAUUGAGGUUGUCUCUAGCUUGUGUUUCGGUGGUAUGGAAGCACCAGAACCAGAGCUUGUCAAAUUGCUGUUAGACACUGUCCUUCGAGACAACCAAACUAGCAGAUUUUCUCCUUACAACGACGAGCAGCAGGAUGAGACUCCUACAAUCAGAUCAUUCUUACUACAGCUGCUGCUUGAACAUGAACAUGAUCAGGUAAAACAGUACCUAGACGAGUACUUCAAGCGGUCCAUUGCAGUGAUCAGAGGGCAUGGCAUGGACCAGGGACUUCGUCUGCUGUGCAUUCAGUGCUUUGAGGAUUCUCUACGUAAACGAAUAAAUGUUCUCCCUGCUCAAAGCCGGGCUAGCUACAUUGAGCGGAUAUUGGGGGAAGGUUAUUUGGUUCUACAGGAGUAUUUUCAUACACCCUCAGUUAGUUUGCAGUAUCUGGAAUCAGUCGCCGGUGUUCGCCUUUCCCUCUCUGUCCUAGCCCAGGAGCUAAAGAGUGAUCGUGUCAACAGCAGUCUUCUCAGAGUGGCCAGAGAUCUGUGCAUGGACACCAGAGUAAAUGUGAUAGACCCCAAAGGCAGAGUGGACACUACAGGACCUGUGCUCUACCUCAUGAGGCUCCUAGUGAGGCAAUUUGGCUUCCCCUGUCUCCAGACUGUCAGCCAGGCCCAUCCCUGGGUCGUCCCCGAGACUCUGAGAAGAGUGGACAAUGAGGAGAAAUCAAUUGACUUGUCUGUGCUGUAUGAGCAGGGGUAUAAAGAUGUGAGAAUUGCUGUUAACACAGCAUUGUACAGCAACGAAACAACAGAACUCGCAGCAUGUGUGGAGGAUGGAGCUGAGGUGUGUUUGUUGGCCUUUGCUUUUUACCAGAAAGCAACUCUAUCUCGAGCAAGCACAGCACCAGCGGUUCAAAUAGAAGCGGAGGCCCUCCAAUUACUAAACACAUUCGUCCAAAAUUACCCAACUAUCUCACCAGAAUUGCUGCAAGUCUUGCGCUUGCUCUUGGCCAACCAACAGGGUGGCACCUUGGCCCAGAUGGUUGUAUCCCCCCACCAGGCACAGGCAGGCCUGCACAGAUCCAUCACUGGCCUUGUGGUGCACAUUGUUACAGUGCUACUGAGCAGAACUAAUAAUGAACUACUGCUGCCAUUCCUUAACAUGCUUACAAAUCCCACUUUACUCAAGAAUGCCUACCUGCCUACCAUGCCUGAGGAUAUGCUGCAGGAAGUGAGACAAGCUGGAGGUACCUUUUAUGAAUGCCCCAAUGGUCAUCCCUAUCUAGUUGGAGAGUGUGGACGGCCAGUGGAGCUAAAGACCUGUCGUGAGUGUGGAGCAUCUAUUGGUGGUACCAGCCACAAGCUGAGGUCUGAUAACAGGACUGCAAGAGAGAACGACACAACUAAGACUGGCCAUGACCUUGGUGCCCCUCAACAACGCACUGUUAAUUCCGAGAGAGAAAGAACCUUGUCUGCUACAGCAGUGAACGUUGUCAGGGUGCUCAUGCAUGCUUCUUUCCUCUGGGCUGCCUGCCACGACCAACAGUUGGAGCUUAUUGUUGAAGUGGUCAAGGGUGUCAGGCCACAGGACCUAGCAGAGUUCUUCUGGUUCCAUCUAGUGAAGGACUUGGAGUGUAUGCAACGUAGCACUGGAAGGGGGAUGGAUGAGUGUGUCAUGAUCAUGCAUCUGGUGCUGAAAGAGAUACUAGGAACCAAUCCUUCAAUUUCCUGUGGGAACUCGAACCAACUACAAAAUAAGACUGCACGCAAAGAGUGGGAGCGGCAGUUCAAUAUAACCUAUAUUGAACCAGUUCUCAACCAGCUUGAAGUAGCUAUGGCCAAAGCACUGGAUCUUGUAGCUAAUGACGAUCAACAAGAUCAAGAUCGUCUGUUCUACUUGGCCUAUGAGAAGGUCAAGGUGGUUGAUGAAAAAAAGUUAGAGGUACAUCUCUGGAGUUACAGACCACAAAUUUGCCUGGAACAUCUUAAAAACGCUGUACAAGCUGGGAAUGAGUGCAAAAUUCUAGACACAUUCCUUCAAAAUGAACCAAGCCUACGAGCUACUCAAUACAUCCCAGACAUUGUAAGACUCCAGCAGUUUAUGUUUGAGACAUUUGAUAGACGCUUGGACAAGAGCAAAGCAGAGACUAUGACUAUCAGAGAAUUCCUUAAGGAAGUGAAAGAUACAAGGAAUGAAAACACCAAAAACGAGUGCCAGGAAAUGAUAGAGAAUCUGAAGAAAGCAUGGACUCUAGUAGGACAGAAGCUCAAGAACCACAACCGACUGCCAGUAGAGGAGGAGUAUUUGAUAACGGAGAUCAACGAUAAAACACCACUGGUCUACUUGAUCCCCACUACCAUGAGGGAAGGGCGCUGUACCACGGCACUUGUUGACUAUCUUGUCCUCACACACAACGAUUUCAUUGAAAAGUGCAGGGGGAUCGUGAGUCAGGGGUCAGAGUCUUCUGCUUCGGCAGUGUGGAAAGAGCACAAGGUCCCCAUCACUCAUGUGCAUCGCUGCCAUUUGCUGGAGUAUGAGCAGCAUCUACAGUCCAUCAUCCUCUCUCACUGUCACUACUCACUUACCGUGGGGAGUGGUCAAAACAUCAAGUACGACCUCCCUGCUCUUGAGAAACACAUCCUCAACAGAUUUAUUUAUGGCAAACCAGCUGUUCUUCUGGACAUUCAUUGCGUAGCUUAUCGUAAGGACAUCUACAAUGCAGAGACUUUCCAGGAGAUACGACGCAAAGUUAAACCCCAGAUACGACUUCGCCAACGUAUUCAGCAAGACAUAAUAACUGAUCUGCGAACUCCUGACAAACUGAAAGAAUCACUGGAUGUGGUAGACAUUGUCCUUGGGCUGCUUUCAUCAGGAGGGGCCAGCGAUGAUGUUAGGUUGGAAAAGUACAUCUUGUCUAGAAAAAUGGGCAAGAAGCCAUUUAGUGCCAAAGCUAAAGAGCACUGCACGCUUGGUCAUAUACUCUCCCUGUGGGAGACAAUCUCUGUGGAAUUGGCCAGGCAGCUGUGGCAUACUGGGCAGGAACCGUUCGAGGGAAUUCCUGAAGGGUAUUCUAUUGACCUGUCAACUGAUCAGUUGAACGACCUGAAUAAGUGCCUGAGGACCUUUGACCUGGCGCUUUUGCUAGGCAGUUUGUUUGAGUUCAUUGAGGUCCACGUCAAGCACAUAACUAUCGACGAGGAGAAUUUCGCACUGGUCGAAUCUCUCGUACUCUACUGGGACAUGACGGAACAGAGCCCAAUUGACCUUGAUCGCCUAGAUGAGUUUCCUGAAAGUAUUACAGUACCCCAGGCUGUGGCCAUGUGGAAGCAUGUCGCUGAAUACAAGGAAAAUAGACAGUGACACUGAAGUGAGAAAUUUGUAGUUAUUAUAAUUAUAGCAGUCAAUUGUUAUGUUACUAUACAUUCGUAGUUUUUUUGUGAUUAAUUAUUUAUUUGAAAUUAAAGUCAA